AUGAUCUAAGAAUUUUUCUUUUUACUUGUCUUAUUCCUAGAUAUUAACAGUAUUAUUGUGAGAGGGUUAGAAGUGGUCUACUAUUAAGAUUUUACUCCUAGCCUUUCCUGCUCUAAUAUUUUUAGCUAGUAUUGGUCUAUAGUCUCUGGUUCUUUUUCUGGAGUAAGUUGCUAAUAUUAAUGUGAUAGAUCAGAUAAUGGAAAUAAUGCUGAUAUAUUUUCACCAGAGAUGUUUCAUUAUCCUAGCGGAUUCUAAAUGAUAAAAUCAAUCACAUAACCUUAUUCUUUUUUUGGUGUUGAUUUAGUUUAUUUAAGGAAUAUUGACCCCUUAAAUAUGAAUAUAUUUGAUGGAGAUACUUCAUUAUUCAGUUAAAAUUACAGCGGGGCUAGAACAGGUACUAAUAUAGAGUAUAAUUAUAGCCUAAGAUGCAAUCAUCUUACUGAGUAUAUAUAAGUAAGUAAGGAAACAGUGUAACUCAAUUAAUCUCUAACAUCAAACAAUAUAAAAGUGUAGUUCUAAUAACAUGUAACUUAAUAUGGUAAUUCUUUGUAUGGUAUUUUGAAGUUAAGAGUAUGGGCUAAUUGUGUAGAGAAUUGCGAUAUUUGCUUAGACAGUGCUAAUUGCAGCAAAUGUCUUUUAGGGUUCGAUAAGUAUACAAUACAAUCAGGAUAAAAAGUAUGUGAAUAAACUUAAAAUUGCAACAUAAGCAAUUGUUUUUCAUGUAUCAAAAAUUCUCCUUCUUCUCUAACAUUUACUUGUGUAAAAUGUCUACCAGGUUAUUCAUUAGAUACCAACAAGAAUUGUAUUGCAAAUCCUGGAGGAGAUUGUCCCGCAAACUAGUAUUAAUCAACGGUUUCAGGUUGCUAAACCUACAGUACUUAAUGUUAUAUCUAAUUGUAAAAUACUCACUAUACUUGGUAAAUUUGUCCUGGAUAAGUUGAUUUAUCUUUAUUCAAAUGUUUAAAUUCUAAGGCUAUUCUUAUCUAUGAACAUAAAAAUUAUUCUCUUAAUACCUGUGGUUGUCCUAUAAUUAAUUGCAUUUAAUGUCCAAAUCUAUAUUCAUGCUCUUAGUGUUAAUUAGGAUUUACUUAUGAUCCUACCACUUACACUUGUAAUUUUGUGAGAUGCCCUGUAUUGUAUUCACGUGAUCCGUAAACAGGUCUAUGCAGUAAAAAUUGCAGCGGAAAUGACUGUUAGUAAUGUAAUUAAAAUCAAUAAUGUACUUUAUGUAAUCCUACAGGUAAUUAUUUUAUAGUAACUGCAAAUCCGAUCAAUUGUGCUUUAUGUACAAUUUAAAAUUGCUCAAAUUGUUCAGGAGAAGGACUUUGUUAAAAUUGCUAAAACCAUUUUUCCUUAAGUUUAGACAGAACUGCUUGUAAUCCUUGUAAUGUCAAUAAUUGUAGUUAAUGUGUAAUUGGUUAACCUAGUUUAUGUUAGACAUGCAUAGCUGGUUAUAUUUAAAGCUCUGAUAAAACUACUUGUUCAUGUUCUGUAUAAAAUUGUUAAGCAUGCAAAGCUUAAGAGGGUACAAUUUGUGAUUUUUGUGUAAAUGGGUAUCUAAUUAGCUUAGACAAAAAGUAGUGUUCAUGUGCUGUUCCAAAUUGUUCUCAGUGUAAUCUUUUAGAUGGUACUUAAUGCUAAACUUGUAUUAGCGGAUAUAAUUUGAACCCUUUAAAUAGCAAAUGUUUAUGUAGUGUCUCUAAUUGCUAAACUUGCAAUUCUUCAAAUGGUAAUUUAUGUGAUAGCUGCAUAACAAACUAUGCACCAAUAGGUAUCUAAUCGCCAAUUUGUACUUGCUAAGUUUAUGGGUGCUAAACUUGCACUCCUCUGAAUGGGCUCAUGUGUUAAAUUUGUUAUUCGAAUUUCAUUAUUUCAUAAAGUGGAACUUGCUUGUGUAAUGUUUAGAAUUGCAGCUAAUGCAGUGCAACAGAUGGAAAUAUAUGUAAUACAUGUGUGAAUAAUUACUUAUUAAGCUCUUCUAAAACAUCCUGCGAUUGCUAAGUAAACAGCUGCAAUUAAUGUGAUUCAAACAAUGGAAAAAUAUGUAUAUCUCCUAAGCCAGGUUAUACAUAUGAUCCUAUAAAUUAAAUUAAUAAAUGCAAUUUUGCAAACUGUUAAAGAUGUGAUCCAAACGAUGGAAGUAUUUGCUUGUAAUGUUAAAACGGAUAUAACUUUAAUUCUAACUAAUGCUAAUGUAAUGUUGCUAAUUGUUAAACUUGCAAUUCUUCAAAUGGUAAUUUAUGUGAUAGAUGCAUAACAAACUAUGCACCAGUAGGUAUCUAAUCGCCAAUUUGUACUUGCUAAGUUUAUGGAUGCUAAACUUGCACUCCUCUGAAUGGGCUCAUGUGUUAAAUUUGUUAUUCGAAUUUCAUUAUUUCAUAAAGUGGAACUUGCUUGUGUAAUGUUUAGAAUUGCAGCCAAUGCAGUGCAACAGAUGGAAAUAUAUGUAAUACAUGUGUGAAUAAUUACUUAUUAAGCUCUUCUAAAACAUCCUGUCAUUGCUAAGUAAACAGCUGUAAUUAAUGCGAUCAAAAUAAUGGAAAAAUAUGUAUAUCGCCAAAGCCAGGUUAUACGUAUGAUCCAAUGAGCUAAACAAAUAAAUGUAAUUUUGCAAACUGUUAAAGAUGUGACCCAAACGAUGGAAGCAUUUGCUUGUAAUGUUAAAACGGAUAUUAAUUUAGUUCUAACUAAUGCUAAUGUAAUGUUUCUAAUUGUUAAACUUGUAAUUCUUCAAACGGUAAUUUAUGCGAUAGCUGCAUAACAAAUUAUGCACCAAUAGGUACCUAAUCUCCAACUUGUACUUGCUAAGUUUAUGGAUGCUAAACUUGCACUCCUCUGAAUGGGCUCAUGUGUUAAAUUUGUUAUUCGAAUUUCAUUAUUUCAUAAAAUGGGUCAUGCUUGUGUAAAGUUUAGAAUUGCAGCUAAUGCAGUGCAACAGAUGGAAAUAUAUGUAAUACAUGUGUGAAUAAUUACUUAUUAAGCUCUUCUAAAACAUCCUGUGAUUGCUAAGUAAACAGCUGUAAUUAAUGUGAUUCAAACAAUGGAAAAAUAUGUAUAUCUCCUAAGCCAGGUUAUACAUAUGAUCCUAUAAAUUAAACUAAUAAAUGCAAUUUUGCAAACUGUUAAAGAUGUGACCCAAACGAUGGAAACAUUUGUUUGUAAUGUUAAAACGGAUAUCACUUUAGUUCGAACUAAUGUUAGUGUAAUGCUUAAUUUUGCUAAAAAUGUGAUCCUUUAAAUGGGAGUAUCUGUCAAUAAUGCAUUAGUGAAUAUCACUUAAAUCCAAUUGGUUAAACUAUUUAAUGCUAGCUCAAUUGCAGCUUAGAUAACUGUAAAGAAUGUUAAGAUCCUCCAAAUAAUAAAACUUAGUGCAAAAGCUGUAAUUCUGGAUAUGUAUUAGAUCCAUCUACAAAUUAAUGUGUUUCAACUUAAUGCAAAGUUCCUCAGUGUAGUCAAUGCAAACCAUAUAAACCAAAUCUAUGCUAAACAUGUAAUGAUAAAUAUAAUUUAGAUUCUGAUUCUUAAUGUAAUUUAUCAAUAAAAAAUGAUUUCUCUGUUUAAUAAACUGUGAUUUAAAAUGUUGGCUAUAAUGUCACUUUAAAUUUUAAAAAUUAAAUAGUUGCGGAUGAUUAAAAUUUAGACAGUUAAUUAAACAUCUAAAUAAAAGAUUAUGUAAACCCUUUUUAAGUUAGUAUCCUUUAGGCUUAAGAAAAAUCAAUCAAAAUUUAAUUAAAAUUACAAUACAAUUGUAAAAAUAAGAAUUUGGUAGUUUAGAUGAAAGAUCUUAGCUUUGUUUAAAUUAAUAACUUAGUAGAUCCACAAAAAGAAGUAAAACUUGACGAAUAUGUAGUUCUUUCAGAAUCUUAAAUUAAAUAGUCAUAACAGACUAAAUAAGUUGCUUCUGGAGCUUCCAAAUCAUUACUUAUAAUGGGGAUACUUAUGAUAGUGAUAGGAAAUACAUAUGUUCUUUUUAGCACAAUAGAUUUAACAACUUUUAUUUAUUUUAUGCUAUUUAUCGAUGUUAGAUAUCCUGAUAAUGUUAUGUUGUUUUGCUAAAUAUUUUAAAAUUUCUAGUUUGCGUUUAUUCCUAACUCAAUAUAAGUUUAUUUAAUGAAUCCAAAUUAUACUCAACCAUAUACUCCCAAGAAAUUUAUUGAUAAUGGAUAUGAUUCAUAUUUUUUAAAUGGAGCAGGAUAAUCUCUUACAACUAUGGCUGGUAUCAUGGUGAUAUACGGAGUUAUCAAAAUUCUAUCUUAUAUUCCUAUAACAUCUAUAAGAGUAUACAUAAGAAGAGGUUUAGUGAUACCUUAAAAUGAUCAAAAUUCUAAAGAAUAGAAUAAAAAGUAAGAUAACAAAAUGAACGAAUGUUAUCUAAAGACAUCAAAUGAAAACAAAUCUUUAUAAAAAAUUGAGCAUGAAAAACUAACCAGAUAAAAAUAGUUACAGUAUAAGUGGAGUAGAUAUACUAAUGUAAUUCUUUACGCUAGAAAAACUAUUUAUAUUUUGGUUUUAUUGUAUUUUUAUGGAUAAGUAUACAUUUAAAUGGUUAUUAUUAAUUCUAUGAAUGUUCUCCUAUCAAUCUAUUAUCUGUACAUUAAGCCAUAAUAAGAAAAUUCUGCUAAUAUAAAAAAUGGAAUAAGUGAGGUGUUACUAGUAAUAAUGCAGGCUACAGUUUGCUUCUUAGUUAAAGAUGAUGAAAGUUAAAGAGAGGAAGAUAGAUUUAACAUAGGAUGGAUUAUAGUUGGUAGUGCAUCUUUAAUUUUAACUAUACAUAUUUUUAGUGUUAUUGUAGAUCUAUUAAAAGGCAUCUAUUAUCUUGUUAAAGAUUUUAUUACCACACUCAUAAAACCAAAAGCAGAGAUUGAAAAGUUAAAGUAAGAAAAACUAGCUGAGGAAUAGAAUAAAUAAAAUAAAUUUUUAAAACUAACUUCUUAAAUUUCGAUUGAUAAAUUAAGAAAUAUGAAGAAGAAAAUAAGCUUAGUUCAUUAGUCGUAAUUAGAUAUAUCUAUCUUAUCAAUAUAAAGACAUUAAAUCAAAUAAAAAUCAAUAAAGGAUUAGCCUAAAAAUAAUGAAAGCAACCAUAUAAUAGAAUUACAAAAGCAAUCAGAAAAUUGUGACUAGUUAAAUAAACAUUCUCUUAAAGUCGAAAAAAACUAAAUUAAAAAAAAUGAAAAAGAAAACAUUUCUUUUGAAUUAGAAAACUCUCCAAACCGCUAAAAAUUCAAUUUAUAAAAUUCAUUUAUCAACAAUCACAUUAAUAAUUUGACUACUCAUCAAUUAUAGUUUUCACCACCUCAAUCCAUUAACAUAUCUAAUAAUUAUAUACUAUCAACUAAAAAUAGAUAAUAAGUAUUUUUAUGA